UAGUGAAAGCUUCACUGACAAGAUAGAGGACUCAAGCCAAAACCAAUAGAAAGUGCUGUCUGAGAACACAGAGGCAUUGUUUCAGUCAGCUUUAGUUGCUGGGAAUAAAGGAAAAGAGGAGACAGUGAGGCUGAGCAAGGACUGUUGAGGGACACAUAUAAAGAUUUAUGUCAGCACGGCAGGGUGACAGUAUGUGGUAUGUUAAUGAUAGGAUGCUUAACAGUAAGUGCACAUCACCAGCAGACACAUGUUUUGCCACAAAACAGCCACAUCUCAUAAUAACAUUUAAUUUCUACACACGAUCAAAGCACCAACAGCUCUUGUAAACAAGGUUCCACUUUAUUUGCAUCUGACAAUUGAGACCAUUAUGCUGACAUGGAUAUUAAUUUCAUAUUAAUUCUGUGUGCCAACCUGCCUACAAACUCCACCAAUCAUGUAGCUUCUUGUUUAAGGUUGGGGCUAAACGCAGUUGGGGUUUAGGUCUGCCAAUUCUGUUAAAGUAGGCAGGAUUUAUCUACUGCCUGAGAGGCUGGAAGCACAAAUGCUUUCACAUCCCAAGGCCCGCAACACGUACUGUGCUGCCAUCGAUUAUGAAACUGAUGCAGAAACCACAUAUAAUAAAAGACAAGCACUGUCACUAGUGUGUUUUUCUGGUUUUCUGUUGCCAGACAACCACAUGAUGACCUUUAAAAUGUGACCUUAUUCAAGUUUAGCCAGGCUGACGCAUGACGGUGUGUCUUCUAGGAAGCUGUAACAUCCAUAGCCACCCAGAGUUUUGUCUAUUUUGUGUCACAAAAGAAAACAGCUUGCAUCACAACAUCCUUUAACUGGCCGUAGCUGGCCGAUUAGCACCAUGAAGGCAAUUAGCAAAGGUUGAUCAUGUGGAUAUCAACAGGCAUUCACUUGCUUCUCCCAAAAUAUGAACAAAUGUGACUACUGGAGAGAUGUCCUAUGUACUGUCGGAACAGCCAAUAAGAAUACUAGUGAUAGCUUCAGCCUUAAUAAAGGAUGAGAAAAAACACAGGACCACUCUUUGUUGGUGGAUGCAUUAUGUCUGUGUCAACCUCACAUAAAUGUACGACGUCUUCUUUCUGUAUACAUAACAUCUUUCCCUCAUGGCAAUUGGGGUUCUCUGUGUUUCAGUCGCUAUUAUGUAAACACAAGGGGCUGUAACUAAGAGUUAGCUUCACUUACCUUCCAGUCCACUGAUAAUAAACAUGGAGCGAACAAGUAGCGUUAGGAGAAAGGCCAUGGCCAGACAACAUAAGGGAGAAGUCAUGAUUGCUGGAGAACAACUCAGGUUGAGACUUCAUGAUGGAAAACUUAUAAAGGACCGACGCUAUCAUCUGCGCACGUAUCCCAACUGCUUUGUGGCACAGGAACUUAUAGACUGGCUUGUGAGCCAUAAGGAAGCUCCAGAUCGAGCAACAGCUGUCUGCCUCAUGCAGCACCUCAUGGACCAUGACAUCAUUCACCACGUCUGUGAUAAGAGGACAGUAUUGAAGGAUGCCAAACUGCUGUACCGUUUCCGUAAGGAUGACGGAACAUUUCCCUUCAAUACAGAGGUGAAAAUCUUCAUGCGAGGACAGCGACUCUAUGAACAUCUCAUAGCGGACAAGAACUCCAUUCUGCAGCUAAGAGAGGAGCAUGGUGUUGCAUACCAGCGCUCCUUUCCUGGCUGCCAGUUGAUUGACUGGCUCCUUCAGAACGGAGAGGCAGAGAGCCGGCGUCGGGGACUGGAGCUGUGUCGCGCAUUGCAGGAGCAUGGCAUCAUUCAACACGUGGCAAAGAAGCAUGAUUUUUUUGACAGUGGACUGCUCUAUCAGUUCUGCAUCAAUUUUCGCCGCAGACGCCGCCUAUCUGAACUGGUAAAUGAAAGUGAACGAAACGAUGACGAAGGCGUGGCUGUGUCGACACCAGAGGACAACCAUCAUGAUAGUCCAUUUGCUGUGCGCAAAAACCCACCCCAGGAGGGCAACAGUGCUUUCCAGUCUGUGGGGUCAGGUAAAGAUGUAAAACAGGCUACCAGUGGACGUCGAGGCAGCUUGAAUUCCCUUCAGCUUCACUCUGCUGGAUUUGCACCUCUUGUCCAGCUGUCUUCAACUUCAGUGGUGAGAUACAAUCCUAAAUCAGUGCUUAGAAGACAUUUUACAUGUGAAGAGAUAUUGGCACCUGGUGCACCUUUCAUCAAGAAAGUGUUGACGGUGAUAGGAGAUGCCCUGGGCUGGGGGUUUGUUGUCAGAGGCAUGGCUCCCUGUUAUGUGCAGGCUGUUGACCCUGGAAGCCCUGCAGCAUCUGCUGGAGUCAAGGUACGGCAGUUUGUGUGCCAGGUGAACGGACAGUACGUUCUCUACAUGAACUACAAGACAGUCUCAAGACUGGUGAUGACAGGUCCCCGCAUUGUUAUACUGGAAGUUAUGGAACCACUGGAAUGACAACAACUAUCUUCAAGUCUGUGCCGAGAGGAAAAUUUGGCUGCUUACAGUGGUCUUUUCUUUGUCACAUCAGAAAUAAAUCUGCCUCUUAUUUGCUUAUUUUGAGAUGACCAAAUUCUGAUCUGUUUCUACCCUGACGAAAUAAGGUGCAAAAUACGCCUAAUAAAUCAGAUGACUUCUUUUGCUCUGCUCAUAGGAUUCUGAGAGGUUUUUCCGCUCUGAGAAAAGAUAAGACAUAUAGUUGAGACUUGGAUUUGAUUACUGAGACAAAUUUCUGAAAUUGUGCACACUCAUUCAUAAGUCAAUCAGAAUUUCUUUCUUUCUUUCUUUUUCUCGUUAUCUCAUUGGCUGAUUAUUUCAGACAAUGAUCACUACAGCGAAAGAGGAAAAUGAGCAUUUUACCAUCUCAAAUCAGGAUUAGGUUAGAGGUUACAUCUCAGGAGCUGAAUUUAGGAAGUAUGAGGAAAAAUGGUCAAAAUCUCACACUGAUGUUAUAUUGAGCUCAGUUCGACUAUGUCUGGGAGAAACAGGCUGGACAAGAUCUUAUUAUGAAUUUUCCUUUCCUCUGGGUGUCUUAAAGUCUUUGGCUCUUAUUUCAGAUGCAACUACAUUUGCUGGAACUGUAUUAUAACACUGUGAAUGUAUUUGUUUAUUAAAUUAUAGACUGGUAUAGGCAGGGUACAUGUGCUGAUUUCUGGGGGGAACAAAAUCAAUCAAUGAAAAUGGUUACCUGGGUGGCAGCAAGAACAUGAUAACUACAGUACAAAGGGUGUUGUGUUUUCAUUAACCUGCAGU